AUGAAUUUCAUGUUCUCGGCUGGAGUACGGUUGUGCGUCAAGGAAGGGCUAGUUCAACUUCCAGAUGAAGAGACAGUUUUGCUUUCAGGAAGGGGACUAUCCCACGUCAAGCAUGGCAUGGCUCACGGAAUCCGUCCAAAGUAUACUAUGUAUCUUCAACCUGGAGGGUACUGGAUGAUCCGACUGCCCGCGUUCCGAAAGUUGAUGCGGCCGUCGACCGUAUGGGCUGGACGAGGAGAUCGUUGGGUCACUCAGGUGUUGUAUGCUUGGAAGGUUCCUGCUGCUAUUAAGGUAGUCAAUAUUUCUGACCGCAUUGUCACUAUCGACUGGCGGACCGAAUUUGCCCGUGUUGUCGAGAAUGGAUUCUUUCCGAGAGCGGGACGUUAUGUGCACACUCUCAUUUAUGAGAAUACUAUAUCGGCCAAAGCCCAGGCUCGAGAGUCACAACGUCUAGACGAUCUUCAGAAGAUGGAACCACCGACCGUCCAAACGCCGAACUACCCGUGGCCGACUAAGAUGAUGGUUCGUCCAUCGCCUGGUUGCGAGAAAGCGAGAGUGCUCAACCUUCAGAUAGUCCCAAGUGAAGUGUAUGAUGAAACACCCGAAGUAGAUAAGGUGUUGUCAAGGAGGGCAUCGAGAGGGACUACGACAAUGCCUGAAGUAAGUGAGAUUUCGGAAGUUGAAGAUGGAACGACGGACGUCCCAAUAGGUGAUCCUGAGGAAGUGCCCGAUGACCAGGACUCAGACGAAGAUGGGGUUUUCGACUCAAUUAGUGUCGACGAUGGUUUUCCAGAAGUCAACUUGAAGCCAUUGAUAGAUGAUCUGCUGGUUGGUUUUGAGGAUGUCAUGUGGUUUAUGAGUUGGGAUAUGGCGAGUGGCUUUUGGGCGGUCAAGAUGUCCGAACGAGCAAAGCUGAUAUCGGCGUUUGUUUGCCCAUUUGGACAUUUCCAGUGGACGCGAAUGCCAUUCGGACUCAAGAAUGCGCCAUUGAUAUACCAGUCGGUUAUCAACAAUUGUCGGUGGGGAUUUGUGAGACUGCCUCCGGAAGAAGAAGCAGAAGUCGAUCAAGAUAUAAUCACGAAUUUGAAAGUUGAGGUUCCAAGAGACGAAGUGAAGGGGCUGACGGAUUUCAUGACUGUUUUCCAAAAGAACAUUCCCAUGCCUUCACAUAUUGGCCCAGUGCUAGGACGUAGUCCUUACAUGGACAAUAUUGCUCAUGGUGCGAAAACAUGGGAUCAACUUUGUGAGGAUCUGGAUACCUUGCUUUAUCGUUUACGUUCCUGGAAUAUAUCGGUGAGUUUACCAGAGAGCGAGUUUGGAAAACGAUCGAUCCUCUAUCUGUCACACGAAAUUAGUGCAGAGAGUAUCCGAGCGACCCCAAAAGUUACAAAGGGUGUUAUGGAUCUACCGUUCCCAAAUCCCACAAAGGUUCUGAACUACUACCACAAGUUCAUCGAGGAUUUUCCGGUAGUGACAGCAGUUCUUUAUGAACUUUCAGAAGACCAGAUACGUCAGGGACGAGAUCUCUCACGAGCUCAUGAAUCUUUCGAACUACUUAAGAGGAAGAUCGUUGCGACGCCCAUGUUAAGAUAUCCGGACAUCCAAAAACCAUUUGUGGUCAUUCCGCAUGGGAACCGUUGGGCUGCUUGUGCUGUCGUAGGGCAAGAAUACGACGGACAGAUACAACCUGUUCGGUAUACGGGACGCGUUCUGAACGAUGCCGAGCUCCGGUAUCACAUUGCCGAAAAGGAGGUAAUUGCUAUCCUGAGGGCGCUGAAAGUUUUUCAGACGAUCCUGGAAGGCCGACAACUGAUCAUG